AUGGAUGCACUUCGCGAGCUACGAAAUUCAAAACAAAGCUUCAUGCGCGUCAACCGGCAGCGCGACAGCUCUGCUCAGCGCAAAAGCAGAACAGUCCUCUCUUGUAUCCCAUGCCGGGAACGCAAAGUGAAAUGCGACCGUCUCGAACCCUGCAACCAAUGUACCCGUCGUAGCGUGGUCGAAAGAUGCGAUUAUUCACCUAAGACUGCCAGAGUUGGAGUUUCGACUUCCCCUACCACUAUCACCGCUGCUUUAACGCGAAGGGAUGCGGAUAAUUCACCGAUACCACCAAGCGCUCCGGCGGAAAGUCUGGCUACCUCAGCUGGUGUUCAGCCCACCUCUGCAUGCGAUCAUAAUGUUUCGGCAUCAAGGAUGGGAAUGGUUGAUUCACUGACCCAAUCUUGUUUCCAUGGCUCUGGGUCAAGGACCAGGUACUUUGGGCGAAGUCAUUGGGCAUUGACAAUGGACAUGGCAAGCUGA